UUCUCAAUUCAGUGUCAGGCGGAACAGAACCAACACCCUCAUUACACCAACUGUCUGUAAUGGUGUCUGAGUUGCUGAGAGCCCAAACACAGAUGCAACAGCAAAUGAUCCGUGAUCGGAUUCAGUUGCAGACACAAAUUCCUGAUGUUCGUGAUAUGAACCAAACCAUGCCAACGACCUGGAAUCAUACCUGGAUACCACCCUCGGUGGAUCCUCCGCAUGGUUCUUUGGGUGGUUCUUCAACCUUACAAACUCAAACGAUCAAUGCCUACCGUGGUCUUAGAACGUCACAUAUCCAAGAACCAAUUAAUCAACCAUCUCAUUUAUAUCCGAACUAUUCGCUAUCCGGUCCACCACAAUCACGACCAAAUCAAGCCACUAUAUUCGACGAAUCUGCCCAAGCGGAUGCAAUGGAUAGGAAAUUCAGAGGCUUACCAUCAUGGAUGGGACGUGCUCAAUUCGAUGGCGUUCAUGUGAACGAAAAAUUUCUAUCGGUUGAAGAUUAUUUGGCUAUUAUUGGCUCAUUUCGAUAUAAGAUUGGAGUACCCGACCAUGAAUUGGUAACGCGUUUGGUACCCACACUCACGGGGGCUGCUCGACAAUGGUACUUCACCGAACUGAGAAACUUCGGAGAUUAUCAAGAUUUUUGCACGAAACUUCGUGCUCGUUUCCUCAACAAACAUACUCGGGCCCAAGUAAUAAUGUCAUAUGCACAGAUUAAAUUCGAUCCACGUUCGCAAACACUGCUGAAACAUAUCGAUGACUUGACAUUCCAAUUGCAGGGUAAUUCCUGUGGUCUGGAUGAACGGGACCACCUCGAUAUCAUCAUUGGUACCUUAUCCGAUCAUCUGCGUGAACUCGUCCACACUCGACAAGUCCACACGUUGGAGCAAUUGCGUGAGUUCGCUCUGCGAAUUGCACCACAUUCGUUCAUUGUUGCCACACCCCGUCCGGAAAGAACCCCUUCGGAUAGACAGCGAUUAGUGCCACGGGAAAUUUCAGCAAUACAUGAUCCACCGGAUGAUUCUUCACAUUCAGAAUAUACCGCUUCGUUCCCGGUGUCCGACUCCUACUCUGAUGACAGGGAAUGUGCAUACUUGAACAAGCAAAAGAAACCAACUCCAAGAAACCAAGAAUGUAUUCUUUUGAUCAUCGUGCUAGGCGGUCGUGUUAGAGAGUGCUCUGGUGCAGUAAAGGGAUUUUUCACAUUGUGAUCAACAUAAAAAACUCUAUUAUGACACACAAUUGAGCGAAAGGUUACAUAUGUAAAUAAAUGUUAAAAAAUAAAGGUGAUUUUUAAUAAACAUUCUUAAAAGAAAUAAAUUAAAUCUCAUAAAUACAUACAUGCAUACAUGCAUACGUGUUUACUUGUCGCGAAAUUAACGAAACGGCAAACCAAAGCGCAGUGAAGUGGUGGAUGACAGCAAUAAAAACAAAAUAUAUUGACAUUAACGGAGCCUGCAGUUGUCUUGCAGUGACUAAGCCCAAUGGAUGAGUGUGACAGGUGCCACAAGGGCAUACGGGGGGAUGGUGGUAUUCGCUGUAAGGGUGUGUGCGGUAGAGUUUACCAUAAAACAAAAGCGUGUGCAGCCAUAGAUGAGUACUGCCUGCAAGGCUUAGUUAAUUGCCCCUUUCUGAGAUUUAUGUGUCAUGAUUGUGUUACAUACAUAUCUAAUGUUGAUGAUGCUCUUAAGCAGAUGCUCGACAUAGCGAAUAGCAAUAAAAUAAAUAUUUGCGAACAAAAAAGUGAAAUUGAGGAGCUAAUAAGUAAUCACAAUAAGGAGAUCGCUGCAUUAUUGGCAAACAAUGAUAAAGAAAUUAAGAGAGUGGUGGACAAUAUUAAAAAAGUAAACAGGGAGAAAGAUGAGCUGAUUAAGAGGGUAGAAAAACUGUGCACGGUUAAUAAAGAGCAUUUUGAAAAAUCUGCUGAAAGUUUAUCUAAGCAAAGAGAGGAGAUAAUACAGGAACUCUGAAAAGUGUCCCACCAAUUAUUGUCAAACCAAAGGCGAAGCAAGCGGUUGAUAUAACAAAAAAAGACUUAAAUAAGAUUGAUGCUACUGAUAUGAAAAUUAAUAAGGUAAUAGAUAAAAAUAAUGGGUCAGUUGUUAUUAGGGCAAACGACAAUUCUGAGAAGGACAAAA